AUGUCGAUCGUGUUGACUCGAUCACCUUUGGAACCAAUUGGAAUGAACGGCGGAGGCGUCGAGAAGCGCCGCAGUGCGCGCUUGUCGCACGAAGGAAUUGUGGAAAACGAGCCUCCUGCGAAGAAGACCAAGACCAACGGUGCUGCAACUAGCACCACUACGGUGAACACGAAGCAGCAGGAUGGCGAAGGCAGCAAAGCCGCGACGAAGAGGAAACGGAAAGGUGAGGAGACGCUGCGCGACACAGUGAUGGCGCAUACUAACAUCGCGUAGUGUAUGAUGAAGAAGACGACGGCUUCACUUUCUCCAAGGGCAAGCGCGGGAAGGCAAAAGACACGAAACAGCCUGCUACUGCGAAGAGUAGCGACGAAAGCAGAGACGAAGAUAUUGCGCCCUCAGCGCAUUUAAGCGAUCAACAGCCAGCGCAGCCCUUAGAAGACAUCGCGCCCAAGACUACCCAGAAGAAGACGCGUCGCAGAUUACCCACAACUCCCGAGCGGGAUGGCACAGAAAAGCGCGUUCGACGCAGCAAAAGAUUGUCAACUGAGAAGGAGCCGGAGGCCGCGCCGAAGCCCUCGCCUCACCGCCCAUCUCACGCCAAAUCGCAUGCGAACACUCAGCGCGAUCGCUCAUCCAGUCCAGUAAAAGCAAAGCCGGUAACCGUGGAGAAGAAGCGAAGACAUGGCGCCAAUGGAGUCGAAGAAGAGAAAAUCAUGAUGAUCAGCUUGCCUUUUGCAGAUACGCCCAUUAUCAAGAGGAACAAAGAAAUGCGCAAGACCAGCGCUGAAGGUAGCCGCAGAAGCUCUGCUGGAAUGCGAGGAAAGAGAGCCAGCAGCUUGAUAGAUGAAGGACGGGGUCAAGGUAAGAUACUCCUUUCCUCGUGCAUACAAAAGCUCUCACUCCUGACGCCUUUGCCUGUAGAGGCGUCAAAAGGUUCGCCAGAUCAUUCUCAGAGGCAUACAUUCGACAAUCACGACAGAUCGCUCAGCCGUUCGCUUGGUCCGGUGACCAACGACAUCGAUCAUCUGUCACUUGUUGCGGAAAAGUACUCUGUUGCUCAAGAAAAUUUGGCUGACGAUGAUGUCUUCACUGCAGCAUUACCACAUGAGGAGGUCCCAGCAUCCGAGUUCUUCAAGCACAUCUCUGCAGAUCUCACGGAAAACAGGCGAAUGCGUUGUUUGCUAGGUUGGUGUGGUAGCAGAGCUUUGCCUCCGAAGCCGGAUCCUCCCAAAGACAACACGGCCCAAGCGAGGGUGGAUUUUCAAGCACUCCAAGCCGGUAUGUAUAGAUUAUUGUUCCAGCAGGCUUGGUGUUCGCGCUAACAUUAAGGCAGCUCGCAUAAUUCAGGAUGAACUGUCUCAGGAGCUUAUGACCAAUGGAACUCUGAGCGAUUGGUUUUCUCGAGAUGAAUCGGCACCGCCCCAGAUACCGCUGCGUAAAAAGCCGAACCCGAGAAACGUAACCAACGCUGCGAAGGCCGAUGAGCUUGAACGAGAGCUUGAAAGGUUGAAGAAAGAACGCGCUGAGUGGGAUGAGCUGGAGCAGGCAGCAGGAGCUGCCAGCGCUUCAUCUGAAGACCAACCGAAUGCCGAAGGGGAGGUCUCAACUCUAAGACCCGAUGUGCUAGACAGUCCUCAACGAGCGAUUUACGAGCAACUGCAGUCCUCCGAAGCAGACUUGUCGACGGAUCCUGAACGGAUACAGCAGCGCCUUCGCACGAUCUCAGACGACUUGGAAUUCGCUUUGGACCAAUUUGCGCAUGGUGUGCAUGCGCUCAGCACGACCAGGGAGACUGCCGAGAAGGUGGCAGAGCGGUCCCUUGCGGACGCAGCGAAUGCGCUGGAAGAAAGACAGAAGCAACGAGCUGGCAGCGGCAAACCUGUCGACCAGAUGGAUGCUCUGCGGGGCUUGGCGAGAGUUCUCAAUUCACAGUACAGAUGA